AUGGCGACCGAGAUAUCAGCCCAGGAUCUCAUAAUUGAAAAUUUGAAUAAAACAAUUCAAAAUGAAAAAAACAAAAAUUCGACGGGGAUCCACGUGGAAACACGCAACGACAAUGUUACCCUUUUACAAAUGGAAUUGGCAAAUGCACAAGAAAUACGAGAUCUUUUCAAAACGUCAAAAAAAGAACUCAAAAAUGCGCGGAAAGAAGACCUUGCCGGAACGACGAACAUGACUGUUCAGGAAUUUGUGAGGCAAGGCACACGUGACCUUAAAAAUGUCCAACAAAUUGGGGAUUUUAGUGGACGAUUUGCUCAGCAAAAACGUAUGAAAAAAAUCAAAGAAGUUUUGUUUGAAGAGAUUGGGUUUAUGAAAGCCGCAUUUUCACAAGGCAAAAAAGACGAAAAAGUCAACAAGAAAUAUUUCGAGCGGGAAAAUGAUGUGAAACGGAUAUUCAAAAAAUACGUGAAGAAGUCAAUUGAUAUGCGGAACGAGCUGAUUGAAAAGAUCGAAGACAUGAGGGAGGAGUAUAUCAUGAAAGACGUUAACGACACUGAGCGGGCGGUUGUCGAUCAAUUUGUGAAGGACCUUGAGGCGAAGUCAAAACAAGUGAAAAUUGAGAUCGACAAGAUUAACGAGAUACAGAGAGAGGAGAUGGAAGCGAUGGAACGAGAGGACGAGAUUGAAAAAAGAAAAGUGCUCGUUAAUUUCCUUGAUUUCAGAGAACAAGACGAAAAACUUGCAAAAAAAAUCGAAGAAAAACAAGAAGAACUUGAAAAAACCGAAAAGUUACUUGGACAGCGAGAUGUCUAUGUUGAAAAAAGGUACAAGGUUGUCAGAACGAAACGCGAUCUCCGCCGAAAACUCAAGAAAUUGAGAAUGAGAAAAGCUCAGAUUGAGAAGUUCCGGAAUGAAGCCGAGCGUGUAUACGUCACCGAGAAGGAAGAGAAUUUGAAAAAGAUUGAAGAGAAAAUACGAAAAAGUUAUUUGAAAAUAGAAAAAUUAACUAAAAAAGAAGAUUUGAGGAAAUCUCGAAUUGAGAUUUUAAAAAAAGACAUUGAGUAUGACACGACACUUCGUAGCCAAAAACUUUUAGAGGAACUCAAACAAGAAAAGAAAAAACUUACGGCCGAACGUUUUAAGACAGUUGAAUUCAUCAAACAAAAAGAAGAAGAGAAGCGUGUGGCGCUUUUGGAGAUCGGCGUCAAGUCAAGAAAAGAACUUGAAAAGAUUUCGAUUCGAGAUUUAACGGUUGUCACUGUUGAGAUUGAGAAGGCGGCCGAACGAGCGGUGUAUGCCCGGAACAGAAUUGAGGCCCUCAAGUAUUCAAACCCGACACCGUGUGUGGUCAAGGAAAUGACAAACUACAUGGAGAUGCUGAAACGAGCACAAAAAAUGAGUGAGAGGUUGACGGCAAGGAGGAACGAGCUGACAGUUAAGCACCGAAAAUUUGCGGAAGAAGAGACCUCAUAUUUGAUCGAACUAAGGAAGACUUUGACCGAUCAACUCAGAAAAGCAGAAGCCGAGCGAGACAGGAUCAUGAAAGAGACACUCAAAGGAGAAAAUGAGAAGGACGGAAAUCGACUCGACGGAAUCGAAAAGAGUAUUGAGGUACUUGACUCUGCGUUAGAGAAGGUCAAGAGAAGGUUUGUAAAGAUUCAGAAACUCUUUGGAUUGUUGAAAGAGACACGCGGGUCGGUGUAUUGCAAAAAGACGUGGAAAUGUCAGGUUUGUUCGCACGUUGGACAACUUGCACAAAUGGGACUUGUCAAGAGAAGAGGGGAUAACUGGGCGAUGAAGAAGGCGAAUGGCUUUUGUAAGACAUUUAAAGGAGAGAAACGGGAGAUGUGCUACAAAAUAGCGUUUGAGGUAUUUGCGGCUGUUGCUCAUAAAAAUGACCCGAUGAAGUUUGACGUGGAGGGUGUUUGUAAGGCUCUUCAGAACUGCUAA